AUGGGUAAAGCCUUCUCCCAGCUCAGCUCUCAGCAGGAUGUGAAGAAGCCAAUCCUGCCUGACAAAGCAGCCGUUGCCAGCAAGGCUUCCAACUACUUGAGCACUGGUAGCAGCAAGCCACUACACUCUUGUGUGCCUUAUGAAAGGGCUGCUGGUACCAGCUUUGUGACUUGUCCUACCUGCCAAGGCAAUGGGGAAAUCCCCCAAGGCCUAGAGAAGCAGCUGGUAGCCCUCAUCCCUUACGGAGACCAAAGGCUGAAGCCCAGACACACGAAGCUCUCUGUGUUCCUGGCGGUGACCAUCUGCUUGCUGACUUUCUCCCUCACCAUCUUUUUCCUGUAUCCGCGGUCCAUUGUUGUACAUCCUAUAGGCCUCAACUCCUCCACGGUGGCCUUUGAUGAAACUCAUAUACGCCUCAACAUGACGAACAUUUUGAACAUCUCCAACAGCAAUUUCUAUCCUGUCACGGUCACACAGCUCACGGCCGAGGUGCUCCACCUGACGUCUGUGGUAGGCCAGGUUAAAAGCAGCCUCCACCUGCACGUCGGCCCUUUGGCCAGUGAGCAGAUGCCUUAUGAAGUUGCCAGCAGGAUUUUGGAUGAAAACACUUACAAAAUCUGUACGUUGCUGAAAGUCAGAGUCCACCAUAUUCUUUUGAAUAUCCAGGGGUCUCUGACCUGCUCCUACCUGAGCCACCCACAGCAGCUGCCCUUUGAGAGCUUUGUAUACGUGGACUGCAGGGAAAACAUGUCAGCGCCCCACUUGCAGCUCCCUUGCCCAGCCUGACCUGUCAGCUGCCCCUGUACGCCAGGCACCUACCAGCUGGUCUGCAGCUCAACUCCGUGGAGAACAAGGAAGGACCAUAAUGACUUUGCUGAGGGAAAAGUCCUGCUUUGCCGCGCCUUUCCCUGACACCCUUAGGACAUGGAGCUUCUAUAGCAAUGUCAUAGACCCUGCCUCCUCAGAACCCGGGACUCACUUCUGAUGGAUCUUAUCCAUGGUCUGUGUU